AUGGAAUUGCUUAUAAUUUCUUUAAUAAUCAUAGGUCUUCUUAGCCUCAUAUCUAUUUGCUUUCUUUUCUAUACCUAUAAAUUGAGGAGUUGGAAUCCUAUUUAGGAAUUAUCACCACUAUUAACAAUAUUUCAAGGAUUAUCACUUUAUAUAUUUGUUGUCAUUACCUUACUUGUAAUUGUGUAUGAUCGCCAAAAUAGUUUUACUACAACUAAAAUUCUAAUGAUUUUUUAGAACUUUUUUAGAGGACUCUUUAUAUAUAUAACAGUUUUCAAAUCACUAAGAGUUACUUUAGCUUUUCAUCUAAAUAUUAAAUCCUCUUUCUACUUAAAAUUUUUGUGUGAUAAACUAUUUAGAUAUUAAUUACGUAUUUUAAUGGUAGCUCUCUUCAUGACUUCAGCAUUUUGGUCUGGAAUUUAUUAUAUUGUAAAACUUUAUCAUUCAGAUAUAAGUUAUGAAGAUUAGGAUUCCAUCAGUGAUCUCAUAUAAUAUGAAGAGAUUAACAUUGUUGAGGCAAUUAAUAAUACUUUAGAAAUUUCAUUAUGUAUAUCAAUAAUAUACUGGAAUCAAAAAAUAUAUAUACCACAAUUUGAUACAAUUUAAAGGUAUAUAAACAAACCCUUAGUUAUUUAUGCUAUUUGGUUAUACAUCAAUACAUUUAUUAGUUAUUUUAUAGAGGAAAAAGAUUCAUAAUCAAUGUUACCCAUUUCAUUAAUAAUUAUGCUCUUGUCUUAGAUUUUAAGAUGCAUUGUAGAAUUUUAUUUUAUAGUUAUUUUACCGGUAUUUCAAAGUACAUUAAUUCGAUUGCCAUUAAUACCAUCAAUAAUUUUAGAUAACUUCCAAUUGUUUAUGAGAAUUCCUCUUUGUAGUAACAUUUUUUAUGAUUUUUUACAAUAAUAAUCCUAAAACACGAUUGAUAGUACUAAGGAUAGAAGAAUCAAUAGUAGUGCUAGUUAUGAAUACUUAGAUAGUUUAUAGGUACUUAGGACGUGGAUGAUUUAUCAGAUGAAAUAAGAAAAUGGGAUUGAAGAUGAACAUUUUACAUUAUUUAUGAAUUUGGAAAAAUAAUAGAAUGAGACAUAGUUUGAUCUUAAUCAUUAGCCAUAAAUUUAAGUGAGAUUAGAGAAGCAUUUGGGAUAACUCUUCGAAGAAUAUAAAAAUACAUAUUCAUAUUAUUCGAUGGGAAAAUUAUUUCAUCGUCUUGAUAAUGCAACUAGGAAUUUUUAUUAAAUGAAUAUAAUCUAAAAUUUUUUAAACUGA